CAGCCCUGGCACCGCUUUCCAUCCCACUGGCAAAGCCAGAGGAGGCUGCAGCGAGAUGAGGACCCUGGGGCUGAGCCUGGGGUUGGCCCUGCUCUGCUCACUGCACGCGGGGGCCAAGGACCUUGGGGCUGCGGGACUGGACAAGAGCAAGGUUGCAGGGAAAUGGUACAUCAUUGCUCUGGCCUCCAACUCCGAGCGCUACCUCCGAGAGAAGGAUGAGCUGAAGAUGGCGAUGGCCAAGAUCACGGUCCUGGGGGAGGGCGACCUGAAGGUCUCCUUUGCCAUUCCCACCCCAGAGGGAUGUAAGAAACGGGAGUCGAUCUACAAGCAAAUGGACAUCCCGGGUGAAUACUACAGCUCUGAGAGAGGCAAUAAAAUAGUGCAAGUGUUGGACACCGAUGGCAAGACGUACGCCGUUAUCUUUGCCUCCAGAGUGAAGGAUGGGAGGACCCUGCACAUGCUGAGGCUCUACAGCAGAACCCGGGAGGUGAGCCCCGAAAUCACAGCGCUGUUCAAGAAGCUUGCGAGGGAGAAGAGCUACACCGAUGAGAUGAUCAAGAUGCUGCCCAGCCAGGACAACUGCAGCCUCGACGAAGCAUAGCUGAGUUGCUGCAGCGCAACACAAUGUUUGCAAUAUCCUUGGCUGGAAGCUGCCAGCCUUGGUGCCCCAGCAAGGGCCACCAUGAACACCUUGAAUUACCCGGGGGGCUGAGCUGUUUGAACCCAUGCUGGCACUUACACACACCACCAUUCCCUUUGGAGCCACCCUGCAGUGGGGACCCCCGGGGUGCAGCUGCCCAGCGGUGAGCAAGGGCACUUGAACCGAAACCACUGGUUCCGUGGAGAAAGAGCUGCAGAGCCCAUCCAGCCCAUCUUUUGAGCUCGGUGGUCAAGGCUCUGACACGUCCCCUGCUCCUCCAGUGCCCAGUCCCUCCUUUCUGCCAAAUAAACAGAAACUCC